AUGUCGAGGCCCCCCUCGGCAUCGAGAUCUCAGUCGGUGCCGAUGGCUUCGGUACCGACACGCCCGCCCAGCCUUUCGGAGGGCGAGCUAAGAGAUUCCGCGUCAGCGGCUUCUUUCCAGCAGCCUCCAAGGCCUCAAACAUUGCAAGGGUUAAUCCCACUACAGCCAUCUCCGAGAAUGACACCUCGCCGUGAAUGGGACGGAGCUUCUAGAUACUCCGAUCCUCAGCCAAGAUUCGAGGAUUACGAAUGGGACCGAUAUCGUCCUCAGCGGUACUUUCCGGAUCGACAGUGUCCCCAGGAAGACUAUUAUGCGCACCGUCCACCUACGACAAGAGUGUGCCGGUUACCAUUACCCUCAUCUCCCGACCAUCAAACUUCGAGGGUGUCGACCCCUCAACAACGUAUUCAACCAUCGGGGUCGACCGGGGCAGUUCCCACGAGGCCGCGCUCCCUCGUGGGCACGCUCCUGCAAGACUGCCUUCGGGCACGUGUAGUUGGGCGUGCGUAUGCAGAGGAGCAGCGCGGGCUGGCAGAGAGCGCGUACAUAAGCCGGAGCCUUUCCCGGUUCUGCGCGACUCGGAAAAGCCUGCUGUGUGGACUCGCGCCGGGCGCUCGGGCCGCGGAACAGACGCGCCUCGCCGCCGGGCUCGUCCUGCCGCCCCCCUCCUGGCGGACCCUCCCGAGCCCGCCAAGCUGCGUGAAGAAGGUCGGGCUGGGAUCGCGGCCGGAUCGAAAAGGGGAAGCCGCUUCCUGCCGAGGCGAGGCGAGGCGCAGCGCGCGAGAAGAGCCACCCCUCCCCGCCCCGAAGCGGAUUCGGAAGAGCGACGACUCCAGAUUCCAGCAGGGCGGAAGAAGCGGGGGGAAAGGCGAAAGCAGGACUCGCAGGCGGGCGAGCCGCGUCCUCCGACCCGGGUCGGGAGGCGGAGUGCCCCGCGCGCUCUUCGCUGCCGUCCUGCCACCACUUGUUGCCGCUCUCUCCGCCCCGGAUCCCGGGAAUCUCCGCGCUCCGGCGCUGAACGGCAGCCCCACCGCGGCGCUGAUUGGCCUGCCGCCCUCUGCGCUCCUCCCCGGCCAGCCAGCGUCCUCUGGCUCCCUUCCUCGUGCGAGGGCAAAAGGGGAGGGUCGGCCCAGCGGCCUCCGAAGUGUCCGGCUCGCGCGGCUUCAGCGGCGGCGGCGGCAGGAGAUCUGCGUGAGGAGGAGUCCGGGCCGGGAGCUGCUCCGCGGCGCGCGCUCCUCAGGCCGGCCGCGCUCGCCUGUAACCUUGGCUCACCCCGGCGGCCGUCUGAAAGGGAGACGUCAGCAGCCGCAGCAGCAGCGGCAGCAACAGCCGGCCGCCUCCGUUCUCUUUCUGCUGUGA